CUUUGGAUAACUUUCCAUGAUAUGUGUAGACGAUAUUUGCCCUUGAUCUGAUGCAUGCGCUUCGCAGGGUGAAAGGGACAGGUUAUGUCCCUACAUAGAUUCCUACGAGUACCGGUAGUAUACCUACCUCGAAGUUUUAGCAUCGUAACCAUGAAAGGUUAUGCAAUAAGGGUUAGGAGACGGUAAGAAGCUGCAGUAGUAAAGGAUGGACCUCCUCAGCGCCUGGCAAGUGCAACCGCAACAGAAGCCUGCAGCGUGCCUUGGUCGCUAUGUGGUCACAAAGCACAGCUGGCGUGGAAAGUACCGGCGGAUCAUGUGCAUCACGCCGGACGCGGUUGUCACCCAAAAUCCCGAGAGCGGGAUGGCUGUUACAAAUACCUACGCCUUUACGGGAGAUGCUGACAUAGAAUCCAUUACAGUCGGGUCCGGGAACGAGGCAGAGGGCGAGUUCACCAUCAGCGCACGCCAGGACAAAAGAGCAAGUUCAAGCCCCUCAAGUUCAGCUGCUCCCACCGCGCCCGCCUGCUGACCGACCUGUACCAGUGCGUGGCAGCGGCGCAGCUGCGGGGGCGGUGCGGCAGCGUGGCACAGCGGCUCAUAGGCUCCCCCGACUACUUCCCGGGUUACGAGUGGUGCGCGCAUGCGGGUCAGUGGCGACCCACGCAGCUGCGGGUCACUGCGUUCGGACUGGAGCUGGUGGAUGCGGAAGGCACCCCCACAUGGCGUCUGGACUACUGCCAAAUGAGCUCCGUCGCCUUCGCCCCCCUAGCUCCGGAACCCCUCACCACCACCACUACCACCUCCUCCUUCUCCGCCAUCACCCUCGGCGGACCCACGGGUCACCCGGACGCCUCCGCCUCCUCCUCAUGCGGCCCCGGCUCCUCCUCCUCCUCCUCCCUGGUUGCGCCCAGCCCGGCGGGUGAGGCUCCCUUUGCGGUGUUCGCGCGCUGCUGCAGGGCGCCCCGGCUGCUGGCCAGCAGGCAGCGGGAGGCGCUGCUGGGGCAGGCGGCGGCGCUGGCGGCUCGGAGGCUGGGCGUCAGGAUUGUGGCGGACUCCUCCUCCCCCGCGCCCUGCCCCUCCUCGCUGCUGGAGGCGGUGGGGCGGGGGGAGCGGCAGGCCAUCGGGGCGGCCGGGGAGGAGCCGGCGGGCGAGUGGGAGGUGGCGCGGCUGUGCAGCAGGUACGACGCCCAGCCCCCCCUGGCUCCCCUGAUGGACCCCGGCAUGCAGUCCCGCUGCCGACCCCACACCCACCCCCACCCCCACAUCCCCGCGUCACCCAACCACCCCUCCACCGCUACCGCCCCGGGAGCAACAGCAGCAGCAGCGACAGCGGCAGCAGCUUUGUCGUACAGUCCGGGUGCGCACACUGUACGGCGGCGGUUGGCGGUUACCCGUUCGUGGCUGUUGGAGCGGGAUGCGGUGACGUACGAGGUGGAGGAGCGGCGGCCGCUGGGGAGUGUGACCGCGCUGUUGCGGUUCCCCGAGGAGGCGGGUCUGCUGGGGCUGGAGUGGGGGGACGGGGCGGCCCCCUGCCUCUACAUGGCGGGGGCGGCGCGGGACGAGGUGCUGGCGGCGCUGCUGGACCUAAGCCAGGCCGCCACGGGUCGCCCCGUCCCCGUGCUGCCCGGCUUCACGCCCCCGGGGGACCCCAUCGUGGGGGACGCAGCGGCGCCGGCCGCUUGCCACUGCAGCGCCGUUAGCAGGGAUGCGGAGACGGAGCGGUGGGCGGUGGAGCAGCUAGUGGCGCGAGCCAAGCUGGUGUGGCCCCACCUCGCUAACUCGGGACGGCUCUUCUUCGCAGCGGACAUCGAGUUCAGUCCCUCCCCUACACCCAGCUUCCUAGCAGCCCCCCAGCCCGCCCCCCUGCCGCCCCCUCCGGGUCCCAACUCCCCGCCAACCCACCAACCGACACCCAACUACCAACCGUCAAGCGGAGCAGCAACUGUACGACAACAGAAACCGCAGCAACCGCCGUCGCUGGGCAACAGUGUAUUGCAACCGCAUGGCGACACGGCGGGGGUUGUUGCGGGAGGAGGUGGAGGAGGAGGAACGCUGGGGGGUAGCAUGUACCACCCAACGGCGGAUGGAAGCAGCAGGGCAGCUAGCGCCGUGCAAGAGGCCGCUGACUUCAUGUUGGAUGUCGUACACGACUUCAACGCGAGCGUGCCGUACAGCGGCCUGCCGCCCGCGGGGGGUGGGGCCACCACCCGCCCACUAGAGGGGCAGCAGCAGGUUGUGUUAGGCAGCGUGCUGGCGCUGCUGCCCGCCGAGCUGGUGCCGGGCGGGCAGCACCUGCCGUGCGGGGGGCCGGCACGGCACAUGGCGCCCGAUGAGGCGAAGCAGAGCAUUGCAGCGCUGCAGGCCCUGCAGCGGCUGGUCAGCUGCCACUCCAUGGCGGAGGCCCUGCUGUCCCUGCCGCCCGCGCUGGGGCUGGGUCGGCUGCUGGCCGCCUACGAGUGCGCCCAUGAGGGGGUGGCGGCGGAGGCGGCGCGGCUGCUGACCAGGCUAUGGGCGCCGGCGGCGGCACGGGUGGGAGCAGCCCCCUGGAGCAGUCUCCGCGCGGCUCCCUCCCUGGCGGCGCUGCUGGCUGCGGACCCAGAUGACCCGCUGUCUGGCUGCGAGCCAGCGGACCUAUCCUUAGCUCGCGCCGCCAAGGCCGCCUGCUUCACCCCCGCGAACACCACCGCACGCUGCGCCGCCCUCAUGCGACCCCUGAAGGGGGGCACCAGCAGCAGCGCCAACAACACCCCUGGAGCUACCUCCACCGCUACCGCCAAGGGCACACCCCGCGGCAGCAGCAGCACCACCACCAGCACCACCACCACCACCACCUCCCCUGCAGGCGCGCUGUUGGUUGCAUGCGCCCUGGAAGCCAUAACCGCCGUGGCAGUUGAGCCGGGCAACCGCUCAACCGACAACCGCACCCUGUCGGGCCUCCUUCAAGAGGCCGCCUCACUGGGACCGCCACUCUUCGCCUUAUGUCACCACCCCGCCCCACGGGUCACUCAAGGCGCAGCGCUGAUCAUGCGGGCGGUAGCGGAGAGCGGCGCUGCUGCGGCGGCUCCCAUGCGACAAGCCGCCCUGCGGCAUGGCGCGUUGCUGCACCACUUGCAUGCUGCGUUGUUUGCAGGACCCCCCUCGGCCCCGGGUGCAGCAGGAGGAGGAGGUGGUGGCGGGGCGACCGCAGCGCAUGGGUCGGAGGCGGCGGCAGGGCGGCAGCAGUUGGGUCGGGCGCUGGUCGCCUCCUGGUGCGAUGAGUAUGCGCCGGCGCUUGCACUGCUGAGGAGAAUAUUCCCGCCUGGGCUGGUGCGUUACUUGAAUGCACCCAGAACGAGCACUGCUGCUGCUGGUGCGGCGGUGGUGUUCCCUCCCGCGGGGCCUACCGCUGCGGCCACCGGAAGUGGCGGCAGCAAUACGACAGGAGGUACGGCGGGCACUGUACGGCAGCUGGCCGUACCUCAGCUGGCUCCUGGCUCUACUUCGUACACUCCUGGGCAGCAAGAGCAGCAGCAGCAGCAGCAGCACUACCAGCACCAGCAGCAGCAGCCGGCUGCGUCCGUCAUGUCGCCCACCUCGCCCGCUGCAUCAGCUGCUGCUGCCGCUGCUGCCACCACUGCCACGCCGCCUCCCCCGGUGUCAUCUGCUGGUGCGACGGCGGCGCCCGCCUCCUAUGCAGGCAGCCACAGCAGCGGCGGCGGCGGUGGUGGUGGCGGUAUCAGCAGCGGCGGCGGACUGAAGUGCAAUUGGGAGGCGUUUUGGGACGCCGUGGGUCGGGACCACUGCCAUGCGGGCCUGAUUUGGCACUCGGGGUGCCGCCAAGAGUUGCGGGAGGCACUGGAGCGGGAGGAGUCGGGACUCAGGUCCCGCAGACAGCAGCUGGGUGGCAGCAGUAGCACCAACAGUGGUGCCAACACCAACAACAGCGGCAGUGGCAGCAGCUGCAGCGGCAGCAGCAGCCGCCUCGUGGGCUGGAACUACGAGGAGUUUGGUGUGGUGUACGGCAGUUUGGCGCAGCAUACGGCAGUGGGCAGUGUGUAUGUACGGCUGCUGCUGGAGGGGGCGGACACGGCCGCCGUGGAAAAGGUACCCCAGCCCAGGGACCUCUUCCUCGCGCUGCACCAAACCUUCCUCAGCGCAGCUGACCCGUCGGCACAAGACCCCGCCGCCGCCGCCGCUUCUGCCGCCGCUGCCGCCGCCGUCGCCACGACGACUGGCGCCGCGGCGGCGGCGGAGGCCGAUCAGGAGCUCUGCGCACGCGCCAUGGCUGCCCUAUACCACGUGCAUGCCGGCGCCGUCGGCCCCGUUGACGGCAUCGCUCAUCUCGUACGGCUGUACGACAAUACCCUCCGCCGGCCGCUGCGUCAUGCGUUGCUGGAGCUGCUGGCAGCGUUGCUGGCGCCCAAAUGCCUGCUGACGGCGGCGGCGGCGGCGGGAGGAGGCGCCUCCGUCAGUAGCGGUACCCCCGCCAGCCGGGCGGUUCGCGUCAACAGCUAUGCGUUCAUGGAUGCUGGAGGGCUGGAGUUGCUGACGGAUGUGGUGUCGUACGCGCAUCCCGGCGGUAUGACGCUGGAGGGCACUGGCGGCGGAGGCGGCGGGGGCGCGACGGCGGCAGCAGCAGCGGCUUGGGAUCAGGGCGGAAUGACGAGCGGUCCGGCUGGGCGAAUGCUGACGGCGACGAGUCAUGAGGACAUGCCGAGGGAGUGGUAUUUCUACCCGAGGGGCGUGUUAGCAGCAGCCGCGGCCAAUGCGGUGACGGCGUCGCUGUCGCCAGGCGAUUUGCUCGGCGAUGGUACGACAGAAAACGGUACGACAACAACGCCCAAACGUACAACAGCAGCCCCCAUUGCGGAGCUUUUGGACCGUACAUUGGACGAGACUGGACGAGCAGGGCCGUACAGCCGUGAUGAAAUUCGCCAGCUGGUGACCCGUGGGUCGGUGCACUGGGGCACACUGUGCUGGGCGAGUGGCAUGCCUCGUCCCGAGCCGUUGGGUGCCGUACGGGAGCUACGGUGGAUGCUAUCCAAGGGCCCUGGGCGCUACAGCUCGUACGGCGCCGCUGAGCUGGCGUUAGAGCUGCUACAGCGGCUUGUAGCGCUACAGCCGGCAGAGGAAGUGCUGCUACAACCUUCUUCCCAGGAGGCGGCAGCAGCAGCAGUAGCAGCAGGUGGUGGCGGAGGAGGGGAUGGUCGGCUGAUGUUGCAGCUGCAGCCGCUGCCGCGGGCGUAUCGCGUGCUGGCAGGUCCUAGGUGUCUGCCGCACUUGGCGCAGGUGCUGCUCACCUGCCACCCGCCGCUGGUGUCCCGCGGCUGCCGGCUGCUGUGCGCGCUGCUGGCGCCGCACCCCGCCGCGCUGGCCCGCCUGCACCUGACAGGGGCGCUGUACUUCUGCCUGGCGCAGCCGGGGAGCGACAUGCGGGAGCCGGCGGAGCUGCUGACCAUGU